UUUCUUCCCUCUCUCUCUCUCUCUCUCUCUCUCAGUAAGAUGAGAAACCAUGGCUGCUCCUGGCGUAAAGUGCAAGAAGCGAUACGUUUCUACUCGUCGUCGUCCUCUUCUGCUUUACGUCUUUUGGAGUUUAUAGAAACUGAUUUUCCUUCUACACUAGGAAUCCGAGGAAGGCGCGACUUCGCUCGUCUCUUGCAGCUGCGUGCGUCAGAUGAUCCAUUCCUCCAUCACAAUACAGUUCAUGGUCAGAUCAUCGUUUCUGGUUUUGAAUCAGACACGUAUCUAAACAACAUUCUGAUAAAAUCGUAUUCAAAAGGAGGUGAUAUGGUUCAUGCUCGUAAGGUGUUCGACAGAAUGUCUGAGAGAAACUUAGUUACUUGGUCUACCAUGGUUUCAGCUUGUAACCAUCAUGGGCUUUACGAAGAGUCUUUGGAGGUUUUCUUAGAGUUCUGGAGAACUAGAAAAAAUAGCCCCAACGAAUAUAUCUUGUCCAGUUUCAUCCAAGCUUGCUUACAUGUUAGUAGUGGACGUUCGAUGGUGUUUCAGUUGCAAAGUUUUAUCUUUAAGAGUGGGUUUGAUCGGGAUGUUUAUGUUGGUACCUUGUUGAUUGGUUUUUAUCUCAAGGAAGGUGAUAUUGAUUAUGCAAGGCUUGUGUUUGAUGCUUUACCAGAGAAAUCUACUGUGACUUGGACGACUAUGAUCAAGGGGUAUGCAAAAAUGGGAAGAAGCUAUGUUUCGUUGCAGUUAUUCUACCAACUAAUGGAGGGUAACGUUGUUCCUGAUGGUUACAUCCUUUCGACGGUUCUAAGCGCGUGUACAGUACUUCCGUUUGUUGAAGGUGGGAAGCAGAUUCAUGCGCACAUCUUGAGACAUGGACAUGAGAUGGAUGCCUCGCUGAUGAAUGUUCUUAUAGAUUUUUAUGUGAAGUGUGGCAGAGUUACAUCUGCUCGUAAGUUAUUCGAUGGAAUGGGGAAUGCAGACAUCACAUCGUGGACCACAGUACUGUCUGGUUAUAAGCAGUGCUCUCUUCAUAGGGAAGCUAUGGAAUUGUUUUCUGGAAUUUCGAAGUUUGGUUUGAAGCCAGAUAUCUAUGCUUGCUCUAGCAUACUCACAUCUUGUGCGUCACUUCAUGCUCUGGAAUAUGGAAGACAGGUUCAUGCGUACACUGUCAAAGCCAAUCUGGGCACUGAUAGCUAUGUGACUAACAGCUUGAUCGACAUGUACGCAAAAUGUGAUUGUUUGACCGAUGCCAGAAAAGUUUUUGACCUUUUCGGCGGGGAUGAUGUGGUUUUAUAUAAUGCAGUGAUUGAAGGUUACUCUAGACUUGGGACGCAACGUGAGCUACAUGAUGCAUUGAACAUCUUUGGGAAUAUGAGGUCACGGCUUAUUCGACCUAGCCUAUUGACUUUCGUUAGCCUUCUACGUGCAUCUGCUUCUUUAUCAAGCUUGGAACUUAGCAGACAAAUCCAUGGACUCAUGUUCAAAUAUGGGGUAAACUUGGAUAUAUUCGCUGCAAGUGCUUUGAUUGAUGGUUACUCAAAUUGCUACUCCAUCAAGGAUUCUAGGCUUGUAUUUGAUGAGAUUGAAGAGAAAGAUCUUGUUGUCUGGAACUCAAUGUUUUCAGGUUAUGUUCAACAAUCAGAGGACGAAGAAGCUCUCAAUCUAUUUUUGGAACUACAGUUAUCAAGGGAAAGACCUGAUGAAUUUACUUUUGCCGACAUGGUUACAGCCUCUGGUAACCUGGCUAGUCUUCAGUUAGGUCAAGAGUUCCACUGCCAGAUUAUGAAAAGAGGCUUGGGAUGUAACUCGUACAUUACAAAUGCUCUACUAGAUAUGUAUUCCAAAUGUGGAAGUCCUGAAGAUGCUUAUAAGGCUUUCAGCUCAGCAGCUUCGAGAGAUGUGGUUUGUUGGAAUUCUGUUAUCUCAUCUUAUGCGAAUCACGGAGAAGGCCAGAGAGCUCUUCAGAUGCUGAAAAGAAUGAUGAAUGAAGGCAUAGAGGCUAACUACAUCACCUUCGUGGGAGUUUUAUCAGCUUGCAGCCAUGCUGGUCUCGUGGAAGAUGGGCUUGAGCAAUUUGAGGUUAUGCUCCGACUUGGGAUUGAACCAGAAACAGAACACUAUGUUUGUAUGGUAUCUCUUUUAAGCCGUGCUGGUAGAUUGAACGAAGCAAGGGAGUUAAUUGAGAAAAUGCCGAAAAAACCACCUGCUAUAGUAUGGAGGAGCUUGCUGAGUGGAUGCGCAAAGACUGGUAACGUCGAGUUAGCUGAGUAUGCUGCUGAAAUGGCUAUUGCGUCUGAUCCAACGGACAGUGGAUCGUUUAUUCUGCUUUCUAAUAUUUACGCGUCAAAGGGUAUGUGGGGUGAUGCGAAGAAGGUAAGAGAAAGAAUGAAGUUUGAUGGUGUGGUGAAAGAACCGGGACGUAGUUGGGUUCAGAUUGAUAAUGAGGUUCAUAUCUUUUUGUCCAAGGAUAAAUCUCACCGCAUGGCCCAUCAGAUUUAUGAAGUUUUGGACGAUUUGCUUCUACAGAUAAAAAGGGUUUAGUUAACUAUAUUUGGUUAACAGACCAAUGCAGCUAGAGCUGUGGGGAAUUCAGAUGGGUGAGCACAUAAAGAUCCGUUUUUAUAAAGUUAAGGAUAUUGAGGCAAGACAAACAUAAAAAGGUGUGAAGCUUGAUUGGAAGAUUGAAGAAAGAGUUUAUCUCUAUGUUAAUGAAGUUGCAGGAGAUGAAUCUAAGCAAGGAUGAUAAAGAAGCAGAAAGAGUAAGACCAGACUGUGAUGUUCUGAAUAAUUCUUGUCCUAGAGUGAACCAGAAGUAGGGAAGCCUAGAAAGCAAGUGAUAGAAUACAAGUAAGUUCAAGCCGAAGAAGAAAGAAGCAGCAAUAGCUGAAGGAUAUCCGAGAGCAAACCCGGUUUGUUUCACCUAGACCCUUGACUCAGCUAGACUAGAAAAACCAGAACAAUGUUUACCAUCUAGUUAUUACUCGGGCCCAAUAUCUUGGUGGAUCAGGCCCAGUUCUAGUUACUUUCGGUUCUAAGAAAACCCUGGGAGGAUUUGUUUGCUUCU